AUGAGGUGAUGAUGAGCAAGCAAGCAAAUGGCUCGAGGAGGUCGAUAUAUAAGGGUAUACACAUUUGAACCAACUCUUUCAUUACCUGGCACCGCCUCUUCUUCGACUCGACCAACAAUCGCACACACCUCGCACCAUCAUGUCAUCCACCCCCACCACCUCCCGCGUCUGGACCCUCGCCGAGCCUCCUACGGGCCCCAUCACCUCGUCCACCUUUUCCCUCGAGACCCAGGACCUCCCCGAACUCAAAGACGGCCAAGUCCUCGUGCAGCCCACCCACCUGUCCAAUGACCCAGCUCAGAGGACGUGGAUGGACGGGGAUACCGAUCCCCGUAGGUUGUACGCCCCGCCCAUCUUGAAGGGACAGUCCGUUACAGCUGGGGGGAUCGCCAAGGUCAUCAAGAGCAAGAGUUCGAAGUGGAAGGAGGGGCAGGAAGUUUCGGGGACAUUCGGGUGGUACGAAUACGCCGUCGUCGACGAGAGUCAGAUCCAGAGCGAGGCCAUCAAGAUCCCAGGCCAAUCCCCCGUCAUCUCCCUCUCCUUCCUGGGCGGCAUCGGGCUCACCGCCUACUUUGGUGUGUUCGAUGUAUGCAAGCUGGAAAAGGACAGCGUUGUAGUCGUUAGCGGAGCAGCAGGCGCGGUCGGAUCGACCGUCGUCCAGAUCGCGAAGAAGGUCGUCGGGUGCAAGAAGGUCAUCGGGAUCGCUGGCGGCAAGGAAAAGUGUGAUUGGGUCAAAUCCCUCGGAGCCGAUGAAUGCGUCGACUACAAAUCAUCUUCCUACGCCAAAGACCUCAAGGAUCUCCUCCCGGACUAUGCCGACGUCUACUUUGACAAUGUCGGAGGAGAGAUUUUGGACGUCAUGUUGCCGCUCGUCAAGCGGUACGGCAAGGUCGCCGUCUGCGGGUCUAUCGCUAACUACAACGGAGAGCCUAUGAAGCUCAAGAACUGGCGAGAGGUCAUCUACAACCGAUUGCACAUCCAGGGUCUAAUCAUCUUCGACUACCUCGACCGAGCCGGACAGGCCAUCUCGGACCUCAGCGGAUGGAUCAAGGACGGCAAGAUUGAGACUACCGGCGGCGAGAUGAUCGUGGACACCAAAUUCGAAGACAUUCCCGCUACGUGGCAGAUGUUGUUCGAGGGCGGAAACAAGGGGAAAUUGAUCACCAAGUUGCAGUGAUCAGGUUGAACUUUGCGGGUUGUUAGAAUGCAAAAGGACGUCGUUACUGUAGCCAAAAUUACAACAAGAUGCGAUAUGAAGCUUCAGUGAAGUAAAGAAAGAGCCAUGUACAGUUUGUGGGCGUCUGACGCUGUAAUGCCAACGCGAGGGGG